AUGUUGGAAAAUAACAAUUAUAUAAUUACUUCAUUAAAUACUGGUGCAUUCAAACGAACGAAACAACAUGACGGUUCAACGAUAAAUCAUUCAUUUAUCCCACCUCCAUCCUCUUCAUCGGCCAUACCGACAACUGCAUCUGGUGCAUCGCUGGAUCAACAACACCUUCUUCCGCCACAUGAGCAACAUUUACAAAACCAACAGCGCAAUCAUACGUCAGCACGGCGACGACAUCGAACAACGUUCACUCAAGAACAACUUAUCGAACUUGAAUCAUCAUUUGCCAAAGGCCAUUAUCCUGACAUAUAUUUACGUGAAGAGUUAGCUCGUACGACAAAAUUGAACGAAGCUCGUAUUCAGGUGUGGUUUCAAAAUCGACGAGCAAAGGCUCGUAAACAAUCUCAUAAUUCGUCAUCAUCGGGCGGCAUUUCCUUGUCGUCGACUGCUCGUCUGACAUCGAAAAUGUUUUCACCCAAUCCGACAUCAUCAUCAACAUUUCAUCAGAUGUUUGGCAGUCGAGGAAAUGCAUCGACAUCAUCGCCAACGAGUAUCAUGAUGGCAACUGAUCCAGCUACUAGUGCGGCUGCUGCAGCAGCGGCGUUCUAUUCGCCAUUUCCGCCGUCAGCAUGUGAUUUUAACGUUCGUUCAACGAUUGAUAAUACAAUGCCAUUUCAUUCUCAAUAUUCAACACAACAUCCACAUACAGAAGAUGAAUACACAAGAAACAUGCGUAUGCACAAUCUAUCAUCCAGCUUACUUAAUCAUCACUCGAAUCCGUACAAUCAUGGAUAA